GGGGCGGCGGCGGCGCCUGCGCGGCCCCGGGCCCGGCCGGUCGGCGGCCAUGGCCUCCGCGGCUGUGGAGAGCUUCGUGACCAAGCAUUUGGCCCUGCUGGAGCUCGAGAGAGACGCGGAGGUCGAGGAGCGCAGGUCCUGGCAGGAAAACAUCUCCCCAAAAGAACUCCAGAGCCGAGGCGUCUGUUUGCUGAAGCUGCAGGUUUCCAGCCAGAGGACUGGACUGUACGGGCGGCUGCUGGUCACCUUAGAGCCCAGGAGAUGCACAUCUGCUGCGGUGCUUCCCAGCAACAGCUUUACUUCGGGUGAUAUAGUGGGUCUGUAUGAUGAAGGCAAUCAGCUGGCCACAGGGAUCCUGACCCGGAUCACACAGAGAUCAGUCACGGUAGCCUUUGAUGCGUCCCAUGAUUUCCAGCUGAGCUUGGACCGGGAGCGGGCCUACAGACUGUUAAAACUUGCCAAUGACAUUACUUACAAGCGACUGAAAAAGGCUCUGAUAACGCUAAAGAAGUACCAUUCUGGCCCUGCGUCCUCACUCAUAGAGGUCCUCUUUGGCGGAUCAGCCCCCAGUCCUGCCAGCAAUAUAGAGCCGCCGCUGUUCUGCAACACCUCCCUGGACGCCUCCCAGAAGGAAGCAGUCUCCUUUGCGCUGUCCCAGAAAGAACUUGCCAUCAUCCAUGGGCCUCCUGGCACCGGAAAAACCACCACUGUGGUCGAGAUCAUUCUUCAGGCUGUGAGACAGGGCUUAAAGGUUCUGUGCUGUGCUCCCUCUAACAUAGCUGUGGACAAUCUGGUGGAGCGCCUGGCUCGGUGUAAGCAGAAGAUCCUGCGCCUCGGGCACCCUGCCCGCCUCCUGGAGUCCAUUCAGCAGCAUUCCCUCGACGCGGUUUUAGCGCGGAGUGACAAUGCCCAGAUUGUUGCAGACAUCAGAAAGGACAUUGAUCAGGCCUUUGUGAACAACAGGCAAACCCAGGAUAGGAGAGAGAAGAGUAGUGUUUGGAAUGAAGUCAAGCUGUUAAGGAAAGAGCUGAAGGAGAGGGAGGAAGCCGCGAUGCUGGAGAGCCUCACUUCGGCAGCGGUGGUGCUGGCGACGAACACGGUGUGUUCACAGCUGCUAGGACGCAGACAGCCAGCAACUUCUGUAAGGCUCACGGUUCCAAUUCCACCAGGUGCCUCUUCUGAUGGUCCCCUGAAGUUACUGCCCGAUACCCAUUUUGAUGUGGUGGUCAUCGACGAGUGCGCACAGGCUCUGGAAGCUAGCUGCUGGAUCCCCCUGCUGAAGGCCAGGAAGUGCAUCCUGGCUGGAGAUCACAAACAGCUGCCCCCCACCACGGUCUCUCAUAAGGCUGCCCUGGCGGGGCUGUCACUCAGCUUGAUGGAGCGCCUGGCCGAGGAGCAUGGCGCGCGUGUGGUGCGGACACUGACGGUGCAGUACCGCAUGCACCAGGCCAUCAUGCGGUGGGCCUCGGAGGCCCUGUACCAUGGGCAGCUCACAGCCCACCCUUCCGUGGCUGGGCACCUUCUGCGGGACCUCCCGGGAGUGGCUGCCACGGAGGAAACAGGCAUCCCCCUGCUGCUCCUGGACACAGCCGGCUGCGGGCUGUUUGAACUCGAAGAGGAUGACGACCAGUCUAAGGGGAACCCUGGUGAAGUGCGCCUUGUCAGUCUGCACAUCCAGGCCCUGGUGGAUGCUGGUGUCCAGGCAAGCGACAUCGCCGUCAUCACGCCAUACAACCUCCAGGUGGACCUGCUCAGACAGAGCCUUGCCCACAGGCACCCUGAGCUUGAAAUUAAGUCAGUUGACGGCUUCCAAGGCCGAGAGAAGGAGGCUGUGGUACUGUCCUUCGUCAGAUCCAAUAGGAAAGGUGAGGUGGGCUUCCUUGCUGAGGACCGCAGGAUCAACGUUGCUGUCACCCGUGCUCGGCGCCACGUGGCAGUUGUGUGCGAUUCUCGCACUGUUAGCAACCAUGCCUUCUUGAAGACCCUGGUGGAUCACUUCACAGAGCACGGGGAGGUGCGCACCGCCUUUGAAUAUCUUGAUGACAUCAUCCCUGAAAAUUACUCCCACGAGAGUUCCCAGGGCCACGGACAAGCUGGUGCGAAACCCCAAAGCUCUGCGGCAUUGUCCAGGAAGCCUCCUGGGAGCAGGCCUCAGGAGGGGGCCCAGGAAGGGGCCCAGGAGACCAGAGCAGCUGCUGGGCUGGAGCGGAAGAGGCGGGGUGGGAAGCCCUCGGGCCUUGAGGUCCCUUCUCAGCCCAGCCUCAACGGAGGCAGCCCAGAGGGAGCAGGGAGCAGAGACCAUGCAGACCACUUCAGGGCCAUGAUUGCGGAGUUUGUGGUGAGUGAGAAAACUCAGUUGGAGUUUCCUCCUUCCCUGAACUCACACGACAGGAUGUGGGUCCAUCAGAUCGCCGAAGAGCACGGACUGAAACAUGACAGCACUGGGACGGGGAAGAAGAGGUUCAUCACUGUGAGCAAGAGAGCCCCUCCUGCCCCGUCUGCACCGUCUGCGCCGCCUGCCCCACCUGCCCUGCCGCCUGCAGCAGGGGUCGGCAGCAUAGCCCCUGUCGGUCCCACGGCCCCCAGCCCCACACAGACCAAGCCCCCUCUUGGGGAGCAGAGUGGCCAGGACCCCCUGAAUCUAAAGGCCCUGCACCUGGAAAGGCUGCAGAGAGAGAAGAGCCGGCAGGAGCGGCCAGCCAUGGAGGGGCAGCAGGCCCCGCACUCAGGGCCACGCACGCUACCUGAGAGGAAGAAGAAGAAAGAGGCAAAACGACAUGCAGCUGUAGAUUUGCCCAGCGAGGAGGACUUUGAUGCCCUGGUUGCGGCUGCCGUGAAGGCAGAUAACACCUGCGGCCUCGCUAAGUGCACAGCCAGCGUGGUGACCCUGGGCCAGCUCUGCCAGCACUGUGGCCGCCGGUUCUGCCUCAGCCACCACCUGCCCGAGAUCCAUGGCUGUGGGGAGAGGGCUCACGCCCACGCCCGGCAGAGAAUCAGCCGGGAAGGAGUCCUCUAUGCCGGCAGUGGGACCAAGGACAGGUCCCUGGACCCAGCCAAGAGGGCCCAGCUCCAGAGGAGGCUGGAUAAGAAGCUGGAUGAGCUGACCAGCCAGAGGAAGAGUAAACGGAAGGAGAAGGAAAAGUGAAGAGCUAGUUCUUCACAUGCUGCUCCAGAGCUCCUGCCUCUGAAAAAAACAGUGAGGGCAAGCUUUCUGCUUCCUUGUACUGCUUCUGGUGACAGUGUGCAACCUGACCCACCUGCCUGUAUCAGAGUCGGGUGGGGGACACGGUGUCUGGGAGGAAGGAGGUGAGAUUGUCUAACCUGACAGCUCUUGGAAGAGGGUGCCUGGGCGUGCGGUCAGUGCCACAUGGCCCUCUCUGGACAUGGUGUGGUUGGCCCAGGCAUGCCACGUUCCCCUUCUCCUGCCUUGGACCGUUUCUUGAUCUGUUCCUUCCUUCCAAGUCAAAACCGAAAUCCCACCAUCUGAACUUUGGGUGUUGUCAUGAGGGUCCCCCUCAAACUAUGUCCCCCUUCCUGGGUCCAGUACCCUCUCAAGCUUCAUACAAGGAAAUUCCUGCUUUUGGGGGCUGGCCAGCUUUCAGCCACCAGAAUGAGGGAGAGCACUUGAAAAGUCAGAUCACGUACCUGGAGAUGGCAUCUGAGAGCACCGGGCACUUCUCCCAUGUGCCCCGACGCAGCUGUGACUUCACUGAGUCCAGUUUCCAUCUGUGUCCUGUUCCUGGCCGGGUGUGGUGACCCGACCUGGUCCUGCAGGGCAGCAGACUCAGCUCCGGCUGUAAGGUCUGGAGGCCCGCUGGGGCAUGGUUUAUGAAGGCGCCCUGGCCUCUGCGAGCCUGUGCAGGUGGCGGUCACGGAAAGGGGCUGUCCUAGAGCAGCCGCGCGGCCGACACAAAGCCGGAGCCCUCCCACGGGUGUUCUCUGCCAGCUGCUUCAUUGAGGAGAACCUCAGGUGGUUAUAUUUUAGUCUCAGAGUUUUAUUUGUUUAAAUGGGAUAUAAAUUAUUUAAGAGUGAAAUAAAGAUCCAUGCACAUCUCCCACA